AUGGGCCCGCUCAACCCAUCAAAUCCGCCUCCACCUCCUGUUGUCGUUCCUGACCUCAACAUCCGCCCUCAGAUUGAUCAAAAUCUGAGUGGAUAUGGAUAUGGUGGGUGCACCCCCCUGGGAGCAGCUCCGCACAGCGUUGAGCCUCCAAGUACCCUGUACAGUACGGCAGGUGCUUACAAUCAGGGACAACAAUGCUAUGUCCACCCUCAGAUGAAUCAAAAUCUGAGAGGAGGAUAUGGUGGGUGCACCGCCCUGGGAGCAGCUCCAAUGAGCAUUGGACAUGCUGCUCCCAUCCCGUACCAAGGACCUCAGUAUGCCAUGCAGCCAGGUCCUCCGUACAGGCAGGCAGGCGCUUAUAGCCAGGGACAGAACCUGCCAUACAGGCCAUACGUCCCGAGUGCAGCAGCCACCCCCUACGCUGCUCCUCCGCUGAACCAGCGCAUGCGUCCUCUUGGAGUGCUGAAUGGAGAGGUGAUUUACGGGUUUCCAGUCAAUUUUCCCGCCACUUCUACCUCUGCUGCUCCACCUCGGCCUCCACCACCGAGCACCUUCACAUCAAAUAAGAGAAAGCGUGAAGACGGGCAUGAUGGUCGGUCAUACGUGAAAAAGCCGCCAAAUGCCUUCAUGCUUUACAUGAAGGAGCAGAGGCCAAUUUAUGCGGCCGUAAUGAAACUCACUGGGACUGCAGGGGUUAACAAGAUCCUUGGAGAUAAAUGGAAGUCGCUGUCCAAUGAGGAGCAGGCGAAAUACUUCCAAGUGGCAGACCGAGAAAGACGGCUCCACGCCCUGCAGCACCCGGACUGGUCAUCCAGUAACAAUUACGGCCAAAAGAGGAAGAGGGAAAGGAGCAAGGCCUCCAAAAUGACUGAAGCAUCUGCAUCAACAUCUGGAGAGGUCACACAGGAAGUGAAGAGGAUGUGUGUGACCCCAGGAUACACAGGUGUGAGAGAGACUCAUCACGCACAGUCAAACGUGAUGCAGCCCUCCACCUCGAUGACAGACGUGACAGUGUCUCAUCACGCACGGUCUAAAAUGAUGCAGCCCUCUACCUCAACGACAGGUGUG